ACAACGCAGAGAUUGCCAAUUGUGUGUACCAUAAUCGAAAUUAAAUUACGUCUAACGUUGUCUGAGGAUAAAUAUGGAAGUGAAAAAUUGUUCAUGAGGUCCCUGGAUAUUACCGGGUACGAUCAUUUAGUAAUAAUUCAAGUUAGUAACGAUAAGACGUCGAGGUUCGAUGGUACGGUGCCUGUCGCGGUCUCCGGCUUCCCAUCCUGCCUUGACGAAAACAAAGUGUUCUUGUGCACGCGAUUCACUGCCAGGCUCCGGCUACAACUCGCGAUUCCGAAGUUCCUCGAUUUGCCCCUCUUGUCUUACGGAUAGGAGAGCAAUCGCCUUGCGUGGCGAGCGUACCGUACGUGAUAAAUCGAUUUUCCCCACGCUUAUAUUUAGGGGCUGCACUACGACUAGCAGUCACAGUUCUCACAGAAUGCUCGGAGCCAGCACUUAUCCUCGCCGAGGACGCUACGGCCUCACCACAGCUCCUGCGCCAUCAACAGGAGCCUCGAACACCUUUCUAGUCCGCCCAAGGCUACCGUUGAGAUCGUACACAAGGCCGAAGACCACCGCCAAUCUUUUGAGCGGCGACGUCGCCGGUUACGGAAGAUCCAAAAGACUGAAAUCGAGAAAAUUGAACGGGUACCAGAAGAUAGAACCUACGAAAAAGAAGGCGCCCGAUUAUACCGAUUUUGCGUACCGAGAAGCGGUUUCCAAGCUGAAAUAUUUGUUGGCGGAGUCAUACACACCGAGAGUAACUCCUAGGAAAUUACUGCACGGUGGCGGAAGAUACAACGCUGACAGUAAUCCCAAGAUAAACAUCGAGUCUGGAGAAGAUACGGAUGAUCGGAGCCUGGUCAGCGAAGUCUCACAGAUAAAAGCGUCAACUGGGAUGCUGGGAAAUCUUCCGCCUCGUUCCAGCCCGUAUUUACCUCGUCAGAAGAAUUCCCAAUUAUCGCGAGGCUGCAGUAACUUGGCUCUGCUCUCGAGAGAUCCUCAAUCUGCACCACCGGAAUUAAUGUCGUUCAUAGAACGUCAGGAGGAGUACAUCGAGCAGUUGGAAAGAGAGUCGCAGUACUGCAGAGACGAGCUAACGAAUUUAUUAGGCAAAGUUCGAGAGGUCGUCGCGGAGAACGAAACACUGCAGGACAAGAAUAAGAAUGGGUUUCUCAAGUCCGUUAUUGACGACUACAAUAAUUCAGAGGAAGAAAAUCGGGAACCAAACGAGGAGUCAUCGUCUCGUGGGAACACCCUUGAACUCGGUAAAGGAACGCGCGUCAAGCUCCACAAGAUCUUGGAGGGACCGAGCAUAGUAUUUGAGUCACGGAUCAGCGAGCUCGAAGCCCAGCUUACGCAAGCUCGCGUGGAGCUUCGUAAAGCACAGGAAGAGAACCAAGCGAACUUGAGGAGGCUUUCCGAGAGCGGCGGGGGCGAGGCUGGACCAGAGAUGAAAGCUCAGCUGGAACGGGCCCUUCGAGACAAGCGGGAAGUCGAGAUGAAGGUGGAGGAACUUCAGAGAACCCUCUCGUCAGUGCGAGAUAGAGAAGCCGACACGGCGCACAAGGCCAAAAGGACUUUGGACAUUCUCGAACAAGCUCAGUUUGAAAAAACUCAGGCCGAAGCAGAAAUGCGAAGGCUCAAGGACGAGCUCGACAGGCAACACGACAGACUCAGGGAAGCUACACAGGAAGCCAACCGACGUGUCGCCGAAGAGAGACAUCAGAUCGAACGCAGGUACAGCCAGCAGGUUGAACAGCUUUCCGCUGACGCUGCCUCCCACUGGGACGUUGCCAGCAAGUCCCAAUUAGAGGCUGAGAAACAACGCAGGGAGAUCGGAGACCUCAGGAGGGAACUGGCACAGAAACAGUCCCUCAUUGACGAACUGAAGAAGGAACUUCAAAGCAAAAUAUCCGCCAUGCAAAGCGACUUAAGCCAGGCAGUGGCCGAAAAAGACGCCGCUGAACAGGAGAUAUCCGCUGCGAAGUUGUCCACCGAAAGGGCGGACAGACAGGCUCGACAGGAGCAGAGUCGACUCCAAUCUGAGAUAAAUUCGUACAAGCAAAGGCUGGAGAGAGCAGACGCAGACCUGGUCCACUGUCGCCGUGAAAAUUUAAGACUGUCCGAACAGAUUGCAUCUCUGGAGAAAGAGGUGAACCUGAGCAAGAUGGUGAAGGAGGAGGAACACCGUACUCCCGCGGGUGUUACUCCAAGAGGAAUAGAUAAUGACAAGGAGUUGGCAUCGAUGAUAAUGGACAUAGAAACGAAGCAUGAGGGAAUCGUUCAGAGCGAUGAAGGAGCCAUUGCCAUGACCGCUUCGCCUCCCCCAACCAAGAAACGCACUGUUAAGGUCGAUCUCAAAGUUAAAGUUGUUCCUAAAAAGAAGUCAGGUCGUUCAGAUACCUCCAAGACGCCUCUAUCAGCACAGGAAGAAAUGGCCAGCCUACAAGACAACCUAAAGUAUCUAACAUCCCAAAUACAAGACUCACUAGUCCAUCAAAACGAACUUCCAGCUAAACCCGCGAAUGUCAGGUCUGCGGCAGAUCAUUCAAACUACAAUGAACCAGACCAGAACAGCAGAAUUGCAACAGCCCAAGAUCAGCGGCUACAAUAUUCACAAAAACCAGACGAAACCUACAACACGACGGAAGGAGCGAAAUCGACGAGCAGCCCCGAUGGCGCAUUGACCAAAUCAAGCGUCGACGAUCCGUACUCGAUGAGGACGACAGAACAUCAAAAACAGGUCUUGCAACAAAGUCAAGUAGCUUAUCCGCAGGAAAACGAGGAUGUAAGAGGUGAUUACGCUCCUCAGCGUACGGAUCAAGAUUACGCGGUUGAAACUCCAACGGAAUCCGAAGAUCAGCGCAAUGAAAGACUGCAAUACAGCGUCGCAAAUGACUCUGAACAAUCGCAUGGCCAGGCUGAGGUACAGGGAGAGAACAAUUACGAGCCAGAAAACGCGGAAUUGGACUACAAAAUGGAAAACUAUGGCACAGACAAUCAGAUGAACUACGACCCCCAGUACACAGAUCAAUCCUACGACCAGUACAACAUGCAGGAAUACGGUCAGGACCAAUACGAUCAACAGGAUGAGCACGAUUACCAAGAAGGCCAGGCGGCAGCCGAGGGGCAAUAUGAGAGUGGAGAUGGUUAUCAAAACAUGCAGUACGAGCAGGAAUACGACCAGAAUUACACUGCUGGUUAUGACGGGAGCAUUGAGCCAAGUGCUGUGCAGCCCGAGAAUUAUGGAGAACCACAGGGCGAAGCUGCUCCUGCAUUUGACGAAUCCGGGCCGACGAAUAACGUCGCAGAACAUUAAGUACGGUACGACAUGAUCUGUGUAAUUUAUUUGUUAAAUUUUCAUUCUCUACGUAAAUACUGUAAACUCGACUUGGAUAUAUCCGGUUAAUUCCACGUGUGGACUCACUUAAGAAAUAUAUUGUGGAAAUGACUUACACCGUGAAUUCGUAGGGUAAUAUUAAAUAGCAAUAGGUCUAGUGAAGGGGGUGUAAUUGAUGUAUCAAAUUAUUGUUGGAUAAUAAAGUGUGCUAUGAGGGAUUAUAAGGGCAACAAAAACAA